AAUUGAAAAAAAGGGCUGCUGGCUGCUUCUAUAUAUUCCGUUUUCGCACGCGCCCUACUUCCCGAUGAGCUGCGGCAUUUUGUAGGAUUCGUUCGGUGACUAGCUACUAAUACAAAUUGGGUUUUAUUUUGCCAUCAUGUCCAAUCCCAGGGUUUUUUUUGACAUCACCAUCGAUGGACAGAGUGCUGGGAAGAUUGUAAUGGAGCUGAGAGCUGAUGUUGUACCCAAAACUGCCGAGAACUUCCGUGCUUUGUGCACUGGUGAGAAGGGUUUUGGCUACAAGGGCUCUGGCUUUCAUCGUAUCAUCCCCGACUUCAUGUGCCAGGGUGGAGACUUCACCAAACAUAAUGGAACCGGUGGAAAGUCCAUCUACGGCAACAAGUUUGCGGAUGAGAACUUCACCCUGAAGCAUGGAGGGAAGGGAACCCUGUCCAUGGCCAAUGCCGGACCGAAUACCAACGGCUCCCAGUUCUUCAUCUGCACUGCUGAUACUACUUGGCUCGAUGGCAAACACGUUGUGUUCGGGAAAGUGGUAGAAGGAUUGAGCGUAGUGGAUGCCAUGGAGGCUAAAGGAAACAGCAGCGGGAAAUGCUCUGCCAAGGUCGUGAUUGCUGAUUGUGGCCAACUUUAAUUGUUUCUUACUCCCCUCCCAUUUCAACCAGGCACAUUCCUUACUAUAUAGAUUUUUUUUUCUUUUCUUUUUCUUUUUAUUGCCAUUCCUGAAUGAGAUGCUUAUUCCAUGUGUCAUGGUCCUGUUUUAUGUAUUCUGACGGUCCCCAGGACACAAUCUGUUAAACAUGGAUUAAAGAUGGAUCAAGAUUCCUUUCAACAGGUU